GCGGCGCCGACCGUCGGCCAGGAAGCCGCCCGCUGCUCGCCGCGAGGCUGCGCGCCACGCCGUGGUGAUGGUGCUGGGCGACGUGGGCCGCAGCCCGCGCAUGCAGUACCACGCGCUGUCGCUGGCGCGCAUGUCCCCGAGUCUGCGCGUGACGCUGCUGGGCUACGCGGGCGAGACGUGCGUGCCCGACGUGGCGCGCCAGCCCAACCUGGAGCUGCUGACCUUCACGCCGCGCCUGCAGCGUCUCCCGCGCAAGCUCUUCCUGCUGCUGGCGCCCGUGAAGGUGCUCCUGCAGCUGCUGCAGCUGCUCUGGCUGCUGCUCGUGACCGCUGGCAGCGUGGACCUCGUGCUGCUGCAGAACCCGCCGACGAUCCCGACCUUCGUCGUGGUGUGGCUCUGCUGCCGCCUCAAGGGAGCCAAGUUCGUGAUCGACUGGCACAAUCUCGGAUACAGUUUGCUUGCGCUGUCACUUGGCGGUGGACACCCGCUUGUCAAGAUCGCCAAGUGGGUGGAGCGCGUGUUUGGGCGCAAGGCGGAUGCCAACUUGUGUGUCACGCACGUGAUGCAGGCGUGGCUGAGAGAUAUGUGGCAGAUUGAGGCCACGGUGCUGCACGACAAGCCCCCGCUCUUCUUCAAACCCACGUCGAUUGAAACGCAGCACGAACUGUUUACCCGGGUGGGCGGCCAGCUCGAGCACUGCAAUGAUUUGGUGGCUUGGGGCGAAAAUCCGGCCAACGUGGAGGAAACGCUGCUGACGCGUAAAACGCAUGGUCUUAAUGGCAAGAAGGGCAAAGCUGCAGUACAACCCCGUGAGAACCGACCUGCGAUGAUCAUUAGCUCCACGAGUUGGACUGCGGACGAGGACUUUGGUAUUCUCCUGAUGGCACUGGAACUUUUGGACAAACAAACGUCGUCGCUUAGCGUGUCCGAAUUCCCGAAUCUGCUCGUGGUGGUGACGGGCAAGGGACCGCAGAAGGAAAUGUAUCUGGAGAAGAUCCGGCAGCUUGCCUUCAAGCGCAUCCGCAUUGCCACGAUGUGGUUGGAGGCAAGCGACUACCCGCUCGUUUUGGGCAGCGCUGAUCUGGGCGUAUGCUUGCACACCUCAUCAUCCGGCCUGGACUUGCCGAUGAAGGUGCUGGACAUGUUCGGCUGCGGUCUUCCUGUGUGCGCCAUCGGCUUCAAGUGUCUGGACGAGCUCGUGAAGCACGACAAGAAUGGCCUCGUGUUCGACUCAUCGGAGCAGCUCUCGACUCAGCUCUUCUCACUGCUCAAGGGUUAUCCGACCGACACGGCGCAGCUCAACCGCCUCCGCGCGUCCUUGAAGAAUGUGGAGAAAAAUUAUUAUCACUAUCGUACUACUACUAUUUUGCAUAUUGUAGCACUACUAACCUCUCAUUUCUCAUUUCUAAAUCUUCCAGCAGCUCCUAGCGCAGAAGACAUGGCGACACCCGGAGCGUUCUCGCUCGGCAUCUCCCCGGAGGAGAAGCUGUCGCUGCCCCUCGACACGCUCAUCCAGAAGGCCAAGAAGCAGCAGAAGCCCAAGCCCAAGACGGCCAAGCCCAGCGGCGACAAGAAGCCCAAGAAGCAGCAGCAGCAGCAGCAGACCAAGAAGCAACAGGCCAAGAAGUCGCAGAAGAAGGCGCCCACCCACAAGCAGCAGAACGUCAAGAAGACGGUACUCGUGCCCGUCUCCAAGGCCGCCCGCGCGAAGGCCAACGCGGCCGUGGCGUCGGCCAAGCGCCAGUCGGUAAUCAACAAGCGGCGGCCGGGCCUCGUGCUGCCGGCCAAGAAGGGCAAGAAGCUCGUGCCCACGGUGCAGCUGCGGCCGCACAAGACGUCGGCGGCGCGCAAGCAGCAGCAGCACAAGAAGAACGGCGGCAAGCCCCAGGGCGGACUGGACGUGUCCAACAUUAUCAACCACUUCCGCACGCACCCCAAGAAGUUCGACGUGCCCAAGGGCAGCAACCUCCGCAUCACCAUCAACCUCAACAACGUCAAGCCCGUGGUUGGAGGACAGAAGUGA